AGAAGAAGAAGAAAAUGUAAACAAAGAAAAUGCGAACAAAGCUUUUUUCUUCUGUGUUUUUCAAGGAAAAAUGUUUAAUAUUUUCAAACGCAAUAAGUCUUCUAGCCAGGGAUAUAAGAUCACGAAUGUAAGUAGAAGCAGAAAAUAUGGGAUUGUGGCAGUUUCACUGAAGGAAUUGCAGAAAAAAGCUUCAGCAAAAUUUGAGAUUAAAGACUGUAGAUGCUAUCUGGCUCAGGAUGGAACACUUGUGGAAGACGAAAGCUACUUUAGAAGCCUUCCUGCCCAGACACUUUUUGUUAUUGCGGAAGAGGAUGAAGUUGUCCAAACGGACUUUGAGCUUCUCUAUGAAGCCAUUCGAAGCAGGAAUUCCAGUUUGUUGAAAGCUGGAGAGAUGGUAAGGAAAUUCAUUAGCAGCAACAGAGAGACCUUUUUGCAGACCCUAAAUGCAUUGGAGGAGAAAGAAAAUAAAAAGACAGAGUUGAGUUUGAGAAAAGAGCACAGUGAAUGGUUUUGCGGACAAGAUUCCCGUUUUUCCAGCAAAGAAGAAGUCAUGUCCAGACGUGCCCAGGAUCGCGUGAGGGGUUACUUCUACAAGGCAAAGGAUGAUAUAACGAAAUCUCUGAUUUAUCGACAAAAUCUUGAAGCAAAGUUAAAAUUGGAUGAAAUCCUUGGGAUCUUCCAGUACUUCCUGAUUGGCUGUGAUCACUUCAGUUGCCUUUUUGAUCGGAAGUACCCAAGGAAGCAUCAAUCUGUGGAGGAAGACACGACAGAUGGUGGGAUUCCCAAAAAGCGAAUGAGAUUAAUUCGGGAUCUCUUCGAGCAGGAUGAAUUCUUCAAAGAUCUCUGUGUCUCACUCUGCAACAGCCGAGGAGACUUCCGCUGCCAGGGACUCUGGAGUGAAUCCACCUGCAAAUACAACGAACAUACGAUAAAUCCUUAUUCAACACGGGAGAACUUUAUUCUUUUCCAAGUUUGGAAUUUGGAUCAUCAAAUUGAGAUAUCCAGGACAGUGAUUCCGUCCCUUCUGGAAACUGUGCAACUCCUCGUGGAAGAAACUAAUCUCAAGUGCCAAGUGCAUUGUUCCAAGGCUACAAAUAUUGACAUUAUUGAGUAUUUUCUGGAGCUCUUCACCACAGACAAUCUCAAGCUUGUGCAUAUUGUUUGUCAUGACAAGGGACUCCACAGCCUCCAGUCCAAGGGUCGAGUUUUGUGCGGCAAGUGUAACGAAUCAGCCGCUCUUGACAAAAUCAUGAAGAAAAUUGAAAAGACCACUUAGGAAAGGAAAUGGCUCUAAUUUCGAUCUCAAAAGAAAAUGAUAUUAGGAAUUUUUUUUAAAACUUUUUAUAUGUCACUAAAAAAAAUAUAGAACACUUUUCCUAAA